UUCCUUGCCUUGAACCCUCCCUCACUGGGACAUUGCUGUUGCUGCCUCCCAAUGCCUCGCUCUACUCCUAUACGCGUCUCAGACUCGGGAAACUCCCGCAACAUCGUUGACACACUUCCGCCUGAACUUCUGGUCGCCAUCUUCCACAAUUGUCUCCCUGUUAGCACUGACGCAGAGCAUGAACCCCAUCUCGUCGACUCAAAUGGGGCUCCCCUUCUCCUCACCCAAAUUAGCUCGUUGUGGCGACGCCUCGCGCUAUCUACGCCUACACUUUGGAAAACAUUCUACAUCGACAUCGACAUCCUGAAACACCCCGAUCGUCUUUCCGAGCUUGCAGAGAUGUGGCUCUCGCGCGCUGGAUCCUGCCCUCUGGAUAUAUCCAUCAAAGGCAAUUUGUAUGGUGAUGAUCAGCUGGAGUAUGGUGUUGAAGGGUUUUGGGAGGUUUUCGCGGAACACACAGCGCAUAUCCGUGCUCUUCACCUAUUGGUGAACUUGGAGGACGUGGUUACGCUCGAUGAGAACGAAUGGACCUUUCCGCUUCUCGAGGAGCUGGAAAUUACCCCGGAACUGGACAUCGAAGAUGAAGACGACGAUCCGGAUUGGCCAACUAUCACGUCUUUCAGCUCGUCUAAACACCUCCGCAAACUCACGCUUGAUAGCUUGCCUCUUAGUUCUCUCAGCAUUCCGCUCGCUUCAAUCACGCAUCUCGUUGCGAGAGGAUAUAAAAAGCUACAACAUUGCCUAGAUGCGCUUUCUAAUCUCCCAAACCUGCUCCAAUUCGACCUCGAGGAGUACCAGUCCGACUCUUCUGUCCAGCCCACUGAAGCGUUGCCACAUUCUACACUUCAACGUCUCCAUUUGACCCAAGACGUAUCCGAUCUAUCCCCAGCGCCUAUGCUGCUCCAGUUCUUGACACUACCCGCUCUCAAAGAACUGCGUGUAGAAAACACGGCCGCAUCAGGAUCCACCGUCAACGAACUACUAGCACGUUCCUCGUGGCCUACGCUCAGAGCACUACAGCUCAGCCCGCCUGGAGACAAAACCCUUUUGUCGGUUGAUAUCUUCAACAAACCUUCCUUCGCAACCCUCGAGGAGUUAGAGGUCUCAUUCGCCGAAGCAACAAGUCUGGAAGGAUUUUUUACCGCGCUCGGUGCAGAUGCCGGCUUUCUCCCGCGACUAAAGAGCUUCACGCUCAACUGCGAGGCGGCGGAAGAGGACGUUGGCACUGCGGACGCUGCUUACGCGUUGCCGCUGAUUGCAACCGCAGUCACGAAGCGUCUUGCCCUCCAGCCGCUGUGGACAUUGCGAUAUUUGCGUGUGCAAUGGGAUGCAAAUGAUCCAGAUGCGGCUCCUGACGAGGAGGUUCUCGAUGGAGUCCUUGGACCGUUCCGGCUUUUAAAACAACGUGGAGUCGAGGUUUAUAUUGGAGAUGAUGAAUCGACGUCGACAUCGAUAGUCUAA